ACUGUGAAUGUCAACAUGGAUUAUAGCAAGUGGAAUUGUCUGUGGCGUUGUAAAUAUAUAUUUGUUAAUGAGAAGAGAACCGUCGCCCAGGUGGAGGAGGGCGACCACAACAACACGGGGCCAGGGAAGGUCCUCACUGCUGCCGCCGUCAUGCCGUCCGCCGAUGAAGUGGUGAAGUCCAGUUGGGCUGAUGAAGUGGAAGAAGUAGAAGGAGGAAACCUUCCACCUCCAGUCGAGAAGAAUGAUGGCAACACAAAGACCAUCACUGAAUAUUCCUUAAAUGAUGACGGAAAGAAAGUGAAGAUUACAAGUCACUACCGGAUUGAGAAACACAGAGUGGCCAGAACCAUUGCUGAAAGGAAAACCUGGCGCAAAUAUGGCCUCAGCAAAAGUGACAAACCUGGCCCAAACCCAGCCACGACCAUCACUGCUGAAGAUGUCUUCAUGCAUUUCUUAAGCAAUAAAGAGGAAGAACAAAAUGAGCAAGAGGAGCUGAAGAAAAAGUUGAUGGAUGCUCAGAAGGGACAAGUUAAAUGUCGUUUGUGUAAGGAAGACCAUUGGACCAAGCAGUGUCCAUACAAGGAUAAAUUAGAGCCUCUCCGUUCAUCACUGCUAGGAGAAGAGAAGGUAGAGGAAGAGCCUCCACAACCAGGUGGAGGACCUCCAGUGGACAAGGCCAAGAUUGGUAGUGUAACUCAAGGGAAGUAUGUUCCACCAUCCAUGAGGGACGGAGGCUCCAAGAAGGGCGAGUCUAUGAUGUCAUCGAGGGGUAGAGAUGAAACUGCAACAGUGCGUGUUACCAACCUCUCUGAGAACACCAGAGAACAGGAUCUGCAGGACCUCUUCCGCCCCUUUGGAGACAUCAGCCGUAUCUUUCUUGCCAAGGACAAGAAUACUGGCCAAUCAAAGGGCUUUGCAUUUAUUAACUUCAAGAAAAGGGAAGAUGCUGCUAAGGCCAUCCAGGUUCUCAAUGGUUAUGGUUAUGAUCAUCUAAUUCUCAGUGUGGAAUGGGCAAAGCCUUCUGGUACCCAGUGAGUUCGUCAUAUACAGUACUGUAUGAACAAAAACUUUGAACCAUGGACUCUUGUUCUCCAAUGGCACUUGAAAGUUUGGAUGAAAUACAACCCUUGGUGAAAUAAAA